AUGUGGAGGGAUCUAUCCAUCGUCGGUGUGGUGGUGGUUGUUUUCUUUUUAUGUUUAUCUCAAUUUGAAAUACACGAUACAAAAGCAUUUAAUUGUCUCCUUAAAGAAGAAAAACAAAGAAAGACAGAUCCUUACUUUGUACCCCUAGACGGCAGCCCCCCAGCAUAUGUUGCUAGAGGUGCUUUGCCUUGUGUUGAGGAUGUGGUGGCGUUUGCGAAUGCUAAGAGAGCAGGACCAGACGGCGUCGUCGGCACUGAGGACGACAGCCUGACGAUAGAAGAACAUCUCGAUUUGUUGGGGGCUUCUCUAGAGGCUAACUUUGUUGGUGGUUUUUGGAUUUACUCUCCUUUCUUUCUUUCUUACGAGCAUUACGGUUCUGCUGUAAGAACUCAGCUGCUGAUAGGAGAUGUCGAUGAAAUGCUGCUGCUGCUUCUGCUGGAAGCACCCCUGCGGCCUCUGCAGCUGCAUGCGCGGCUGCCGCAGCAGGUGCAGCAGCAGCAGCAGCAGCAGCAGCACCAGCAGCUGACGGCAUCCUCUCCGGUGCUGGCGACCUCUCUUCGACUCAGGCCAGGCAGAAAGGUUCUCGUAGGAGCGCCUGACGCUCGCGGCGCCAUAUAUUUAGAACACAUAACAGCCCACGUUCCCCGCGCAGCCUUCACUAUGUUUGCCUUGCCCUCUCUUGUCUACGGCUGGGACCUCGAGUCAGCAUUGCUAUCGGUGCGGGGUGUAUACAGCAGUUUAUAUGAAAAUGUAGUGCUGCCUUUAUGGGAGCUGCUGUGGCGUGAUGAGGGUUCUGCUGCAGCAGCAGCAGCAGGAGGAGGAGCAGCAGCAGCAGCAGCAGCAGGAGGCAGCGAACGCAUGCAACAAAAAGGAGAAAGACAGUCACUAGCUGAUGCGAUAGAAACAGCAGCAGAAGAAAUGUUUAAUGCUGCGAGAGAUAUACAAAAAAAAACACAAGAAAGUACAAAUGCUGCUGCAGAUACACCUCAGCAGCAGCAGCAGCAGCAGCAGCAGCAGCAGCAGCAGCAGCAGCAACAGAAACAGCAGCAACAGCAGCAGCAGCAGCAACAUGAUGAUGAUGAAGAGGAAGAUGAUGAAGAUGAACAAGACGAUACCAUCGAGCAUGACGAACUCUAA